AGAUGCCACCGACUUGUUCGAGUUCCAUGCGCGAGCUCGCCUUCAUCUUCUCCACUGGCAAAACUUUCAUGGCUUGAUCCCUUUGCUCGCUUCUUGGAAGCUUCAUGCUCGGCCUCCGUCUUCUACCGUCUGCCGCCUCCCUUUCGCUCCCUGCGUCUGGAAGGCGGAAGCUUGCUUUCUUGUUGCGCCUUUUUUGAAGCUUUUUUCCAGAAGGCACACCACCUGUUUGAUUAAAUGCGCCCGUGGUGAAAAUUCUGAAGUUUUAGAUUGUCGAAGAUGAUGGUCUAUGAAGGGUUCAAGGAUAUUCUCAAGAUUCAGAAGUUCAGGAGGUUCGUGGGGUACUCCGUGUUCUAUUGCUUUACUGCCGUCUUGAGCUACGCUUAUACCAACAACACUACUAGAGCUGGAUAUUCUAGAGGAGACCAGUAUUAUGCGGCUUACCCGGCCGGAACCGAGUUAUUGGGUGAUUCUGAUAAGUUGUACAAAGCUGCUCUUGGUAAUUGCUUUGAAGCGGAAGAGUGGGGUCCCAUCGAGUUCUGCAUCAUGUCCAAGCACUUCGAGCGCCAAGGAAAGGCGCCGUAUGCAUAUCAUGCUCAAUAUUUGGCACACCUUCUCUCCCUUGGACAACUAGAUGGAUCUGGAUAGAGGGAAAAUGCUGAUACCGCGAGAUUUAUUUGUUGGACUGUGUAAAGAUGAAAUUGCAGGAAGGAGGGAACUUCCUGUUUGGAUUUGUUAAAAAUUGUAAAACCAAGAGCCCGUGGCUUAUUUUUAUAAUUAAUAUGCUGUAUGGUAUAAGUGUUAUCAUAUACUAGUUCCGAAAAUUAAAUUUUAAAUAAAAAGAGUAUGAUUUGAUCAUGC